AUGACUGCGGCUGAGUUUCGAACAGUGACAGUUUUCCAUACUGAGGAAGAUACGAACUGGUGUAACUACGUGGUGGAUGAGUUCAAGGCUGAUAAACUUCAUGUGAAGGUCGUGACACUGAACGUUACUUCCUUAGAUUAUGAAAACCCCCCUGAAAUUCAGGCAGCAGUUGCGGAGUCAUACGUCGUGAUGUUGCUGACGACAUGCCACAUGCUGGACUACCUCGAGAGAAACCCUGACUGGUUAGUCCCCAUGCUGAAAGCUCGAGAUAAAGAUGUCACUACUAUCGUUGCUGCCUUGCUAGAAGUGACACCCAGUGAGUUGUCUGAAGUAACAAACCAGUAUAACUACGCCACGGCCAAAGAGUGGAAGACAGUAGAGAUCAACGUCUCAGGUGCCAAUAUUAAGGAUUGCAUCGCCAUGAUUUUAGAGUUGACAGACAGAAACAAGGAAAACUUAACAAAGAGAAUCCCAGCCAGAACCUACAGUGAUCGCACAACUCAUACAAGCAGAGAGACAGUGGAAAAAGUUGAGAUGGUUCCACGAUAUGUGCAGGAAGCUGGAGAUACAAUUGCCCUGAUCUUCACGAAAGAGAAAACAAAAGGCUCAGUAACAGUGUACGCAGGGGGUACAAAAAUUAAUUGCGAAAUAGUUAACCCCUACUGUGUUACAUUUAAAGCUCCAGAAAUGACAAGCCCAAAGAUAAAAAUACAAGUUGAAGUCAACAAUACGAAACUGCGACCUAUAAACCUUCGAGCCAUUAAAACGCCCCAUUUCACAAGCAUGGAACUUAUGUGCCAGAGUUACGGAGUCUCCAAGAAAGAAGACUUAGACAAGAAACUGGCUGAGACGUUUGCAACGAGCCUGUCCGCUAACAGUCGAGCAAUGAUGGUUUUCACUGACACCAUUAGUAACGCCAACACAGGAAACCGCAACUGCCUAUACCCGACUUUACUUCACUGGGCAGCAGCAAAUGGACUGAAGGAGUUAUGUUCUGCAUUACUGUCGGCUCCCGGAGCAAAUGAUCUAUGCAGUAUUCUUAAUUGGGAUGAUGAAGAUGUGUUUGAUUUAGCAAAUAAGAAUGGCUAUACCGAGCUUGCAGACUUUAUCGCCGACUUCAUGGAAACAAAAAAUAUAGCCGAUGCCUGUGAAUAUUAUGUCCAGUUUUUCCAAGACCCCUCAGAGAGUUCACCAAUAUAUGAAGAUGUGUCGGUCAACCUAUCUGGGAAAUUAUCUAGUCCAACACUGCCUCCAAGAAAUCCAGCACCUUUAACGCUAUCUCCUCGAUUACCUUCUGUAAUAGAGGACGAUGGUAACUAUGUUGAACCAGAUACUAUUACUUCGCUACUUACCCCUAGAGAGUUUAUAAAUGCAAAUAUUAAGUCAGUGUUACCGUCUGGAGCCACAGGACUGAGAAGUCAAGCAGAGCUGAUCGAGAUCCAGGAGGAGGUCAAGAAAGGAAAUUUCAGCAUUCGAGAGGCAGAGAUGUUGUUUAGCUCUUGGAAAAAUCGAUAUGAAACAGGAAACGCAAUCAGUUUUAAGGAAAAACAG